AUGCGCCUGCAUGGGAUUCUCCCCCUGAUACUAAUCAAGUUUGCAUACUCAUUUAAAGUGAUGAAAAUAGUUAUUCCGAAUACGAGCGGAUUGAAUGUUGUGGAUAAGAACUUCGAGCCAAAGUACUUUAUGAAAAAUAAGUUACGUUUUGUUAGUCCAUAUGUCUACACAUAUAAGCUGUACACGAAGAAACGAUGGAUAGGGAAAAAAAUUGCAGAUGUGUUGACCUCCGAAUUUUGCGCUUACGAUUUAAGCUACAUUAAGGAAUCUAUAAAAAAAGGGUACAUAAAGGUAAAUCAGGAAAAUGUGUCCUGUGAUUACCUCCUGAGAAGCAACGAUCUCAUCCAACAUAAACUUCUCCUCUUCGAGAAGCCAGUCAUAUGUAAUAAAAUAUUAAUCUUUUACGAAGAUCAGAAUUUUAUCUGCGUGUAUAAGUCUGCCAGUUUGCCUACCCACCCGGUCGGCUUCUACCAGUAUAACUCCCUGCUGCGAAUUUUGCAGAACUAUAUCAACUCGACUUUACGAAGGGGACCACUCUCUGGGGGGGACGACUCCGGGGAGACAAACAGGACAGAAGACGGCCAGGAAGAACAGAACGACGGGGACGUCAUCAGAAUCAGCUUCAAUUUUAAAGAAGCCACUUUUAAGGACAUUCCUGGGGCGGCAUCCCCUUCUCCUCAGGAAGAACCCGAGCGGGAGAAGAAGCGAAACGAGGGAGAUAACGAAGGAGAGAAGAAGGGAGACAGCGAGGGAAACAAUGAGGGAAACAAUGAGGGACACCUGGGGAAGAGCCAAAUAGGAGGACACGCUGCUGAGCAGCGCGCAGAUCUCCCAGAAAACGCGAAGAAGAGAAAACAAAGAGAAACUCUUCUAGAUGAUAACUACUGCCUGAACAAGUCAGGUCAAUAUCGUAAAAAAGUAAUCACUACUUUAAAAGGCGAAAAUGCGAAUGCAGAUGAUUAUCUUACCAACCAGAGGGAUUUAAACGAGGGGAAGAGCAAAAUUGAGGUGUUAAACGAGGCCGUACUCUCCCUGAGCGAAGUCGGAAGCGUGCCAGGAGGUAGCAGCCGCUCCGCUGAAGAGGGAAACAGGCAGAAUGAAGAAAAAACAAAUGCAGACAACACGGCAAUACCACCCGUACCGCCCAUAUCAGAGAACGCGCAACGCCGGGGCAAAUACGUCAAGUUCAGGAGCAACGAAAGCAAAGACAAACAGGAAAAGGACGACUCCUAUAUUUACACACUACACAGACUAGACAAACUCACUUCAGGCAUUGUCCUGUUUGGGAAGAAUAAAGACUUCUCCACCUUCUUCUCACAGAACAUCUCAAAUAAUAGCAUAAAAAAGUCCUACAUUACGAGAGUGGAGGGAGAUUUCCGUACCCUCAUUAGGACACUCAUGGCUGAGAAAAAGGUUAUUGACGACAGGGAUAACAAAAUUUUGAACGAGUUAGUAGAAGAGUACUGCUCUGUUGGUAAGGACGAUUCGCCCCUUCCAUUCAACGACGGCAACUCGUUUAAAAACGACAUUUUCCUGCACAGAAAUAGGUAUUGCGAGGAGGGCGCCAUCAGAGGAGAGGGCGAUAUGGAGGCCCUAACCCGCAUUGUGCGCGAAAAGAGGGACUACCUGCGGGAUGAGUUCGACGUGGAGAAAUUCGAAUUGGGAGGUGCCGAAGCGGGAGGCGUCGGCAACGCAGAGGGAAGAAGCGGAGAUAGCAGCGGCGGAGAUAGCAAUCGCACCGAUAGAAGCCGCGAUGACAGCCACUGCGCCGGUAGCAACCGCGGCUCUGAGGAGGACGAAUCCCUCCGACAACACUUCGUCGUCGACUUCGGAUACAUGUACUGCGAAAAUAAGAAGCUGCUUAAGUACGUCUUUACAAAGUACUCACAGAAGAACCGCCAAAUCGCGGAGGAGUACUGCCUGAAACCAAGCAUCACUCGAUUUAUGUUCCUGGCAUACAACCCCGAAUUGAGAGAGUCACUCGUCUUGUGUCAACCUGUAACGGGAAGAACCCAUCAGAUAAGGGCCCACCUGAAGAGCCUGUCCUUCCCAAUAUCGAACGACCCCCAGUAUAACGACAACUUCGCGAAGGAGUAUAUGGACAAAUCAGUAUAUUUACACUUCCACGAGGGGGAGCAGUCGGGGGAAGGUGUCGCGCCCAUGCAGGACCCACAUGGGACAGAAAUGGGCUCAUGUCAUGAGGUAAGCUCUGCACCGACGGCCAAAUCAAAUCCGGAAAAGAAAGACAACCUCGAAAAAUACACCCACUUCCCUCUCAUCCCAUUCCUAAACACCUCCUUCCAUUGGCUCUAUGACGAAAAGAUCGAUUUGAACGACAAAUACAACGAAGCAGAUUUGAAUAACUACUUUUUUAAACAAAUUAGCAACAUCACGUAUCACAGCUCGGGAAUAUUUCUGCACUCCUUUCGAUACACAUGGGAAAAUGUGUUUGAUGUUUUUACUCUUCUUCCAAAGUGGUGUUCUUUGUUUUCCCUUCCCAAGGGAUUACUCACCUUUUUGCUAUACGGUUCCCUAUCGUAG